GCCACCGACUAUUUCAAUCGGAGGGAGCAACCGCCCAGUGGCUCAUUUAUCAUGGCAGACGAUGACGCGGGCGGCUUCGCAGCCUUCAUGGCCACUGUAGGCGGUGAUAAGCCCAAGCAGACGGAGGAUAAGCCCAAGGACGAGUACCACUAUGAGGAGGAGCAGGAGAAGGAGGCGAUGAUGAAGAAUUAUCACCAUCCAAUGAAGCAAUGGUUCCGUCAGCGGCCGCAGCUCGAGGUGCUACGCGCGUGUUAACAAUUGCUAAGGAUUUAUAGCUGCUAACUGGAUUCUGGUUUUUUAAUGACUAUGGCAGGCCAAAUACGGCGCGUUUCCGCUCUUCUGGCAGGAACUCAAGACGUGGGAGCCGUACCGAGAGGUGCUUAAGGCUUACAUCAAGUUCACAGAGCAUGGGGAUGACGUUGAGCCCGCAGAGAAAAAGGAGAAUACACGUGAUAAGGAUAAGCAGAAGGAAGACGCUGCAACGACCAAACCAGCUGAAGAGCAACCGAAGAAACGCCGUAAGAGUCGGUGGGGAGACCCAGUGGAGUCUGGAGCGGACGGAAAUGGCGAAAAGAAGCGGAAAAAGUCGCGAUGGGCACCGACAUCCAGUGGCGCCUCAGCGAUGACUGGACUGCUCAACCAAAAGCAGCAGCAGUCGGUUAUGCUCCGUGCGCAACUGGAAAACAUCAACCAGAAAUUGAAGACGGUGGUAAUGGACGCAGCGAUGAUCGAGAAGGAUCCGAAUCGAUCACCGUCGCCUCCUCCGCAGUAUGACUCAAACGGAAAGCGUACCAACACACGCGAAGUUCGUAUGAAGGCCGCGCUGGAGAAACGUCGGCGCGAGACGAUUGAGGAGCUCGUGAAGAUCAAUCCGCUCUUCCGACCGCCUGCGGACUACGCACGUCAGAAACUGCAUCGAAAGAUUUACAUUCCAAUUCGCGAUUUCCCAUCCUAUAACUUCAUCGGUUUGAUCAUCGGUCCGCGUGGCAACACGCAGAAGCGCAUGGAACGAGAAACGAACUGCAAGAUCGCCAUCCGUGGCAAGGGAUCCGUCAAGGAAGGCAGCAAAGGCAAGAAGAUGAAUGCCGAUGAGAACGAUGAUCUGCACGUGCUUAUCACAGGUGACCGCGAAGAAGACCUCGAUAAGGCAGCCAAGGAAGUACAGAGUCUGCUGGUGCCGGUGGAUGAUACGAGGAAUGCUCACAAGCAGAAGCAACUGCGUGAAUUGGCUCUGAUCAAUGGUACACUCCGAGACGACGACUACUGCCAUAUUUGUGGCGAAAAGGGACAUCGCCAAUGGGAAUGCCCCAACCGAGACGCUCAUCGUACGUUCAAGCCCGUUAACGUCAAGUGUGCCAUUUGUGGUGAUUCUAGUCACCCGACACGUGAUUGUACUCAGAAAAAGAAGUCUGCUGAGGAAAACGCUGCCAUCGACAAGGAAUAUCAGCAAUUUAUGCAGCAGCUUGGUGAAGCACCUGCCACUUCGACUGCUGCAAACGGAAACGGUCCAGAAGCAGCGACCGCAGGUGCUACAGCGCCAUGGUUGCAACCAGCCAAGACUUCGAGUGCGACGGCACAGCCUUGGAUGCAUCAGUCUGUAGGUGCUCCAGGCACAGCUGGUCCACCUGGAGUGCCAGCACCUCCUGGUACAACUGCAUUGGGAUCUACUCCGGCUACGGCGUUCCCGCCUCCGGUGGCGCCGCCUGGCGGAUAUGAUUACCAAGGACAGGGCCAAGACUGGGGACAACAAGGAUGGAAUGGUGGGUACAAUUCGUAUUACGGAUCAUGGGAUCAGAGUGGUCAGGGCGCUGACUAUCAGGGAUAUGGACAAUAUGAUCCACCUGCGGGUGGUGCUGGUGCUGGUGCACCUGGAACUAACGGGACGGAUCAGUAUCAGUAUCCGCCAUACGGUAAUCCGCCGCAGUAACGAACUAACUGCUUAGUGCCAUCAGCUCUGUGGUCAAGUCGAAGGGAGCACAAGCAUCAGGUACGCCUCGCCGUUUGGAAACGUGAGAAGAAUCGCAGCCGCGACAUCAGCGCAGAGGAACUAACCCCGUAGGAAUACACAGGAUUCACUUUUGCUUGAUCGCUAGUACCUGCGCUUAUGUGUAUUGUUUGUGUAUGUCUGCGAGGAAAACAAUAGGUGGUGCGAGUCGCGACAAUACAGCGUGGUCUGCUAUCAAAGAGUGCGAGUUGAAGAAAUGAUGCUGUCGAAGAGUACUGUAGCUCUUCUUCCGUACACAUAGGAGAAUUUGUAGAUUUGCUGGGGGCUGAGUUGACCUCGCCUGAAGAUCGAAUACGACAUGUAGCAUUACUCU